AUGGGUCGCCCAUCCCAAGACCCCCCAGCGGAAACUGUCCAGCCCACAGCCUUCGACAUAUCAGACGCCCAAGAUGCCAACGCCCAAGAACACGACCUGACCUUCUUCCAAGCCCUCUCGCUCUACCCCACCGGUGUCUUCUGGAGCAUCGUCAUGUCCACCGCCGUCGUCAUGGAGGGCUACGACACCAAGCUGAUCGGCACGCUCUUCGCCCAGCCGACCUUUCAAAAGGCCUUUGGCCAGGAGGUCAAGCCGGGCUCGUACCAGAUCUCGGCGCCGUGGCAGACGGGCUUGAGCAAUGGGUCGUCGGCGGGACAGUUGAUUGGGCUCUUGUUGGCGGGUUACGUGAGUGAGCGGUUUGGGUUCCGCAAGACGAUGCUUUUGGGCAUGAUGAGUGUCAUUGGGCUCAUCUUUAUUACCUUCUUUGCCCCCAGUUUGACGGUUCUUGAGGUUGGACAGGUCUUGUUCGGUAUCCCUCUCGGACUGUUCCAGACAAUCCCCGUUGUCUAUGCUCUUGAAAUCUCUCCCCUCUGCCUGCGUGCCUAUCUCACCAACUACGUCAACUUUUGCUGGGCGUUUGGUCAACUCAUUGCCACCGGAAUCCUCCGCGGCGUCCUCCCCAUGACCUCUCAAUGGGCCUACAGAAUCCCAUUCGCAGUUCAAUGGGUCUGGCCCCUCAUCCUCAUCCCCGCCAUCUUCUUCGCCCCCGAAUCCCCCUGGUGGCUCGUCCGCAAGGGCCGCCUCCAGGAAGCCAGGGCCGUCGUCAAGCGUCUCACGUCGGACAGAAACGUCAACUUUGACAUUGACAAGAACAUUGCCCUCAUGGUGGUCACCACAGAGCACGAGCGCUCGGUCAACGCCGAGACAUCGUACCUCGCUUGCUUUCAGGGGACAAAUCUUCGGCGAACCCUCAUCGUCAUUGGCAUUUACUGCAUCCAGACGCUCAACGGCAAUCCUCUCCGCGGAUACUCUACGUAUUUCCUGCAGCAGGCUGGUCUGCCUACCACUCAGGCCUUUAACAUGACAAUCGUGGGCUUCGCAGUCGCCAUUGUAGGCGGCUUCUUUUCUUGGGUUCUGCUCCCCCUCUUCGGCCGCCGCACCAUCUACUUCUGGAGUCUCGUCCUCAUGUUCAUCAUCACGAUCCUCGUCGGCGCCCUCGGUGUCCCGCAAUCCCGAUCCCCCACGCCCGCCUUCGCCUGGGCCAUCGGCUCCCUCCUCAUCGUCUCCUCGUUCCUCUACAACUGCUCCAUCGGACCCCUGACCAACACCCUCUGCUCCGAGAUCCCCUCCUCUCUCCUCCGCAGCAAGUCCGUCGUCCUUGCCCGCUGGACCUACGCCGUCACCACCAUCAUCGCCGGCGUCCUGACCCCUUACCAGCUCAACCCCACGGCCUGGAACUGGGGCGCCAAGACGGGCUUGUUCUGGGCCGGCGGGUGUCUCAUUUCCAUCACUUUUACUUACUUUUGCGUUCCUGAGCCCAAGGAUCGGACGACGGCCGAGUUGGAUAUCUUGUUUGAGAGGAAGAUUUCCGCCCGAAACUUUUCCAAGACGCCGGUUGAUUUGACUGAGGCUAUUUGCGGGGACGAUGAAAAGAAGAUUUAA